GGGGCGUUCCCUUGGGGCGCCUGGCGUGGAGGGGAACGGUGUUGGGGGCUCCCGGCGCGCAAGCAUAAGAACACGGCGUGCGCACCGGGAUCACGGAGCACCAGUCUGCGCACAGCCACCCGGGCGCCGCUGUACGCACGCGCCCCGCAGCUCCCGGCUGACGCCAGCCUUCGCACCGCCUCCGCCGCAGGAAGCUACCGCGCACCGCUAGCACCAUGCCUCGCAUAGACGCGGACCUUAAACUCGACUUCAAGGAUGUUCUGCUGCGACCUAAGCGGAGCAGCCUCAAGAGCAGAUCCGAGGUGGAUCUUGAGCGAACCUUUACAUUUCGAAACUCGAAGCAAACCUACUCAGGGAUUCCCAUCAUUGUGGCCAACAUGGACACUGUGGGGACAUUUGAGAUGGCUGUGGUGAUGUCACAGCAUGCCAUGUUUACAGCCGUUCACAAGCACUACUCCCUGGAUGACUGGAAAUGUUUUGCGGAAAACCACCCUGAAUGCCUGCAGCAUGUAGCCGUGAGUUCUGGCAGCGGGCAGAAUGAUCUUGAGAGGAUGAGCCGCAUCUUGGAAGCUGUGCCUCAGGUGAAGUUCAUCUGCCUGGAUGUGGCCAAUGGGUAUUCGGAACAUUUUGUGGAAUUCGUGAAACUGGUCCGAUCCAAAUUCCCCGAACACACCAUCAUGGCAGGGAACGUGGUGACGGGAGAGAUGGUGGAAGAGCUCAUCCUUUCUGGAGCAGAUAUCAUCAAAGUAGGAGUUGGACCAGGUUCUGUGUGCACCACCCGAACCAAGACAGGAGUGGGCUACCCACAGCUGAGUGCCGUGAUAGAGUGUGCUGACUCCGCCCACGGCCUCAAGGGGCACAUCAUCUCUGAUGGAGGCUGCACGUGUCCAGGAGAUGUCGCCAAAGCCUUUGGAGCUGGUGCGGACUUUGUCAUGCUAGGAGGCAUGUUUUCAGGCCACACCGAGUGUGCAGGUGAGGUGAUCGAGAGGAACGGGCAGAAGCUAAAACUCUUCUACGGCAUGAGCUCGGACACAGCCAUGAAGAAACAUGCGGGAGGUGUCGCUGAGUACAGGGCCUCUGAGGGCAAGACCGUGGAAGUGCCUUACAAAGGGGAUGUGGAGAACACGAUUCUGGAUAUCCUCGGAGGACUGCGCUCCACCUGUACUUACGUUGGGGCUGCCAAGCUCAAAGAGCUCAGCAGGAGAGCCACGUUCAUCCGUGUGACCCAACAGCACAACACCGUGUUCGGUUAACCUCGGGGACGCAGAGCUGAGUGGAAGCCUCCUCUCGCCAUGCUUCGCCCCUCCCCUUCUUAUCUGCCUUGGCAGGCCGGCUGCUUUCACAGAUGCUGAGACUGAGUCCCUGUCCUGAUCGUGUAGCCCGAGACUGUGGGGCUUGCCCUUAGUGCCUGUGUGGGGCCCAGGAGCAGGGUGCUUGUAGGGCCCCGGGUCAGCUCCUAGAACUCAUUGCCUCCUGGUUUCAACCAGCCCUUGCACCCCGCCUUUGUGUCCGCUGUUUGUGUUCUUUCUAAAGGACAAUGGUUUCACUUUUAAUAUAAUGCUAUGAUCUUGACUGAG